GCGUGCGUAUGUGUGUAACGGUCCGGGGGUUAAAAGUAUCGGACCGCUCUCAAGUUUCGGAGUUGUAAAAGCGCCAGUCGGUGAAGUUUUGAGAAGGGCUUGACCUGGAAAUGAAGAUGAUGUUUGUGAGAUUUGCUCUCGGCGUCCACGGAGCGCGAGCGGCCACACGGAGCUCCACGCGCGCUUUGGGACACGGGCACGUGCGCAGCCUCAGCAGUGACACAGAUUUGUCGGGCAUUAAAGAACGGACUUUGGUCGCUGUGAAACCUGAUGGCGUUCAGAGGCGUCUGAUCGGUGACGUCAUCAAGCGCUUUGAGCAGCGAGGAUUCCGAUUGGUGGGUCUGAAGAUGCUGCAGGCUUCUGACAAGCUUUUAGCUCAGCAUUACAUCUCGCUGCGGAAGAAACCCUUCUACUCCAGCCUGCUGUACUACAUGACCUCUGGCCCUGUAGUCGCCAUGGUGUGGGAGGGGCAUAAUGUGGUGAGGUCAUCGCGUAUGCUGGUGGGAGACACUAACCCUGCUGACGCUUCACCUGGAACUAUUAGAGGAGAUUUCAGCGUUCACAUCAGCAGAAAUGUGGUGCAUGCCUCUGAUUCUGUGGAAGGAGCGGAGCGGGAGAUCUCGCUGUGGUUUGAUUGCUCAGAGCUCAUCGACUGGGAGGGAUGCGAUCAUAAAAACAUUUACCACAUUUAAGAGGGGCCGACGACUGUAUGCGUUCAAUUAACUGGUCCGAUCACCCUCAGCUGGGACGAUUUCAGGUCAAUUUACUCAAUAGCACAUAAAUGCUGAUUAAAAGUGCACAAAAUGAUGUACUGUAAUUUUACAUUUUUUGCAUAGAAAUAAAUUGAAAUGUUAUAUAUUAUUAAAAAAAAAUUUAAAGUAAAAAAAAAAAACCUUUUGGAGAAAAUAUUUACAAAAGGUGGCCUUGAAUAUUUUGAAAAGAACUUAUUUUCGCUUUGAUGCACAAGCACUAGUCAAAAAAGACCAAGUUUUAAUGGUUCAUAAUUGUUUCUAAAAAGCUAUUUUUGUUACAUUUUUAAUUGGUUACAUUCUUUAACAAGUGACCACACACACAGUGUUUUAACUAACUUCUGUAAACAAUAUACUUUAAUGUUUU